AGUUAUUGUAUAUGAAUGUAUAAUGGGUAAGCGACCAUAUGUUGGGAAAAGCAGAUAAGAAAUUAGAGAUCAAGUAAUUGCUAAACAAGUCUAAAUAAAAAAUUCUGACAUUCCAGCUGGAUGGUCAUUAGAGGCAGUUGAUUUUGCUAAUAAAGUAGAAAUUCUGAUUAAGAUUAAGCUCAUCUAAAGGAAGCCUGCCAAUAGGUUAGGAGUGAAUGGUCCUGAAGAAGUUAAGACCCAUUAAUGGUUUAAAGAUUAUUGUUGGGAUAAAUUGUUAGACAAAUAAAUAACAGCUCCAUACAUUCCCAGAGAAGAUGAAAUGAUUUAAAUAGCCAACGAAAAUCGUAGGGAUUCUGCUCACGAAAUCGAUUCUGAAAGUAUAUUAAGUUUAAGGAGAAACUCAGUCUAAGGUAUUCAUACUUAUGGAUUUUAAGCUUAAUUCGGUGGGUAUAGUUUCAAUGGAAGCAACAAUAAUAAUAAUAAUGCUAAGCCUCAAUCCACUAAUGUUAGUGUCCCAGCAAUAUUGUCAACAAAGGCUAAUUGA